AUGAGUGAGAAGAAGCAACCGGAGAAGGAGGAUGACCUUACUCAAAGUUCUCAAGUUGUUACCGCUUUGGAUAUGUUUACUGCAUCUGAUUAUCUUAUGGAUAAUUCAAUGGAUAAUAUAGAAGGAAUGUUCAAGUUAUUGAUGAACAAUCCACAUAAUUUAACAACUUUUAAAUAUCCAAAUGAUACUACCCAAAGAAUCAGUGUUGAGCAAAUUACACCAAUGACACAAAAGUUUCAGAGAAAGACAGCUUCUAUCACUCGUAAUUUCAGUGCUGAUUCGAUGAUGCGAAAAAAUCAGCAAUUUAUGCGACAUUCAAUGCAGGGCUUAAAAAGUCCACGAAAUAUCGAACCACAGACAACUUUAUCAUCCACCGCUGCACCUUACAUAUCUAUCGUUGGUCCAGUAAGAGUUCAAACAGUACAAAAAAUUGAUAAACGAUCGAUGGAUAAAUUAUUUAUUGAUGAAAUAUUAGAGUUGUAUGGUUUAGGCGUGAAAUAUCCGAGUAAAGAAUUGAUCAGUAUAAAGCCUAGGAUCCUGAAGUCUCUUCCUACAGCUACAAAAAAUAUUCCAAUAACGGUGCAAUCAGUUCAUGUUGGCCAUGAUUAUGUACGAAUUGAUCGAAAAAUUGCAAUAGAUCGAUCGAAAAUCAAAUUUCAACCUAAUCUUAAUACGAAAGAAAUGGUGGAAUUCGGUGGUGGAUUGGUCCAAGAAAAUAAAGAGGUGAAACCAAAUCGAAAAUCAAAAUCGGAAGCUUCCAUUCUUAGAACACCUGUUUUCAAUUUGAUCGGUCCACUGGUAAUUACAGCAUUCCAGAAUACAUUACAUGAUGCUAGUGGUAAUUAUAAAAUUUAUGAAGAAAUUGAACUCCGUGCUGAUGGAAGCACUGCAAAACCUGAAAUUACAGUUAUACCAUUUCUUCGAAAGGAAUCAGUGUUACCAAAGAAUGAUAAACAAGAAAUACCAAUCAGAUAUCACGAAGACAUCCUUGUUGGCUAUAACGUGAUGCUUAUCAAACGUUUAAUUGAAAUUAAACCUUCUAUCACAAGACAGUUACAAGAUUUUUCAUUAAGCGAAGAACGGAAUUAUGUCACUGAUAAAACUAUUUGUACUGCAAGCAGUGUUACCAAAUCUGUAGCUCCAAGGAUCGCGCAGGAGCGAAAAAUGUUAGUCCUACAAGAGCCACCGAUAAGGACAGACUUAACAGUAUCGAGUGGCAGUUCAGGCGAACCGACAUUUCUUCAUACAGCGGAAUCAGCGCCAAUUGAAUCGUUUUAUGAAAGAGAUCAAAGUAGUAAAACAGAAAGAACUUUAAGAACAGCUUUAAGUUCCUCUGAAAUGAUUAAUGCUGUUAGCAAAUCGCACACUGAAGCUUUUAUGAGUGCUGAAUCACGCGCUUCUCGUCGAUUACAUGGCAUUUCAAAAUUGGAAAAUCCCAAAGCUAACGAUUAUGUCUUACAAGCUCAUUCUGAUUCUCUACGCACCGGACAAUCAGUUAGCAUGAAAUAUAUGAAAGUUCCGGAAGAAUCAGCGAAAUCAUUAGCGGAAACUACUCUAAGUGCUAAAUUGUUAACAGCCCGAUCAUUAGAAGAUGAACGGAAACGAUCAAAAAAACCCGUUUUGUUUUUGAAGGAGAAAUUACUACCGAAUGAAACAAUGAAUUCAAAUUCAAAAAUUCAGUGCAUUUAUCGCAGCCCUUCCAAUUUCACAGUUAAGACAGCUCGUUCACCUACCCAAUCUCGGUCUAUUUACUCAUCACCAUUACAUCCUUCAAUAUCACCACGUUCACCGAGACAAGACGAAAAACACAAAUUUAUUCCUGAUGAUUUCGCUGCAGUACUUCCGAAAGGAUUAUCGUCUUUCGGUUCCACUUGCAGACAUGAAAGUGAUUCUAUGAUGGAUAAAAGGAAGUAUGUGAGGUACGAUGAACCAUCGCUACUUUCCGGCAGUGCGGAUAAAAACGAUAACAAAAAAUCACUCGGAAUUCCAACUCCUCGUAGCAUUUCGAAUCAAAGAGUAAUAACAGUGAAUUCAUGUUUUCCGGAAACUAAUGAACGAGCAUUAACAGCCCAUGAAUUAUCUCGAGAAACAUUGGAGCUUGGUAGAAGCUUAAGGGAAGAUAAGAAACAUCGUUUCAUCGAGAUUCCUAAAAAAUUUCUUGAUACCCAUUCAGUGGAAAUUCCAUCACGAAAAAUGCUUUCACGUUUGCCACAGCCACAUAGCAGUUAUUUCAUGAGCGAACAGGAGCCGAAAAAUCUAAAAUCACGCUCGACAGAUGUACUGUUAGAAUCAGAAAAGAAGAAUAACUUAUCCAUCGUUUCUGAGAAAGAUCAUGCGUUAUCAUGUAAACGAAAAUUUGUAUUACUACCACCUACGUCAAGUAUCAUAUCAUGUUCACCCAAACAACUUUCAACAGCUCGCAGUAAAGAAAGUAUUAUUCCACAAUCAUCCACCAUGUCAAAAAAAGCAGUGUCAGAGGUUGAUGAAAAAGUAUCCGUAGCAUCUAAAAAAACAUCGAAAGUAAUUCGAUCAGAUCCCCGUUCGGAGAGAUUCCUGUUGCAAGUUCAAUCAAUGAAAUCUGGACAUAAAAUAUUACCCAGCACUUUUACUAAACAAACUCAAAGCAAACGGACACCAUCAUUGAUAUCUGUAACACAAGAAUCAGAUGAUACAAAAAGUUCCACCGUACGAAAACCAUCAAAAUGGUAUGAGAAGUCCAUGUUUAUUGAUCAAUCAAAAUCAUUACCUCAAAUGCAAGCGACGCAUAUCGUUACUCCUAUUUCUUCUGAUAUGUCCAGAUCAUUCGAUUCAACAAUAAUGCAAAAAAAAUCAAACGUAGUGAAAAAUGCCUCAUCAAUUUUUAAUACAUUGGAUGAAAAUGUAUCUGAGGCUAGCCAAGCAAAAGGAACGUCUAUAAUGAUUCAAUCGAAAGAUGAGGAAAAUUUGACCAUUCAACUGAAUAUAACCAUAAAAAUAAACAAUGAAGAAGGCAAAUCAAAUGGAAAGUAUAAUCUUAAACCGGAACGUAUAUUAGUGAAAGGUCGUGAGGUAUACCGGAAAAAGGAUGACUGUACAUUGUGA